CUUAAAAUAAAACUUUUUUUUUACUUUAUUAUUGUUCGUUUUAUUCUUUAGACAUUUUUUUUUCAACUUGAUUUGAACUGGCUUGUUUAUAUAACUUCAUAAGAUUGCAUUUUAUUGCUUUCGAAAAAAUAUGCCCUGUGAUUUAAACUUCAGACAAACUUGUAUUGCAGCUAACCAACAAUUUAAGGAAUGCUUUUUUGUUUUUCUUAAUUUAUAGAUUAGAAGAAAAAUUUGUGAGAAUUUCUUAUCUCAGAACUGUCAUCAAAUUGUGAUGUACUUAAAUGUAAAAAGAAUUGCCAAAUAUUUCAUGUGUUGUUGUAUUUUAACAAUAUUUGGCUGGCUGCUUUUACUUGAUCACAUACUACCGAAAAAUAAAAAUGAUGUAAAAAUGAUAUGGAAAAAGUCAAUAAAAAAACAUAGAGACAACCAUCAAAAUCUUGUACCUUUGAAAGAGCAAAAUAUAUUGUUGACACCUAAUUUAACAAAUACUGAGCUGAUUGGUUUAAUUCAUAAUGAAGAUGAAAUUCAGCAACGUGCAAUUGGUUACAGCAAAUAUGCAUUUAAUGUCUUGGUAUCAGAUCGUAUUGGUUUUGAUCGUGUUAUUCCACAAACAUUUAAUAAAAGAUGCAUUUCUAAACUGAACCAGUAUCCAUUAUUAUAUUUAAAGGCCAGUGUUGUUAUUUGUUUUCAUAAUGAAGCUUGGUCAACAUUAUUACGAACAGUAUUCAGUGUUGUGAAACGAACACCAAGAAAACUUUUACAUGAAGUUAUACUUUUUGAUGAUUUAAGUGAUCAUGGAAGACUUAUUAAGAAGCUACCUAUAUUUCUGGAAUCCAACUUUCCAAUUGUUAAAUUACAUCGUGCAACUGAAAGAAAAGGAUUAAUCAAAGCUCGUUUGUCUGCUGCUCGCCUGGCAACAGGUGAUGUAUUAAUUUUUCUGGAUAGUCAUUGUGAGGUCAGUCAACAUUGGAUGGAACCUCUUCUAGCAAGAAUUCAAAACAACACUAAAACUGUUGUGUGUCCUAUCAUUGAUAUGAUUAACCCAAAUACCUUUGUCUACAAGUCUUCUCCAUAUGUACAAGGAGGUUUUAAUUGGGGCAUGCAUUUUUCAUGGGAAGACAUUCCUAAUAUGUCUUCAAAAUACUACACAGAACCAUAUAGUUCUCCUACAAUGGCAGGUGGUAUAUUUGCAAUGGAAAGAGACUACUUUUUUAAACUUGGUGGAUAUGAUGAAGGUAUGGACAUUUGGGGCGGUGAAAACUUGGAAAUUUCAUUUCGGAUUUGGAUGUGUGGGGGGAGACUAGAAUUUGUUCCAUGCUCACGUGUUGGUCAUUUAUUUCGUAACCGUCGACCUUACGGAGAUGCUGGAAAAGGAGACACAAUGGCAAGAAACUCAGUUCGUUUGGUGAAGGUAUGGCUUGACGAGUAUCAAAAAUAUUUUUAUGAUAUUCGAAAAGAUUUGUCCAAUGUAAUAGUGAAUGUUACUGAGCGAAUAACUCUUCGUCAGCAGUUGAGGUGUAAAACUUUUAAAUGGUAUUUAAAUGAGGUGUAUCCAGAACUCGAAAUACCAAACGUGAGACCUGGUGUUCAAACAUUUAGACGAAACCAGAUUGAAUACCAUAUGCUGAAGGAGGGAAAGAUACAAAAUAAACGAUGGAAGAAAUGUUUGUCCGUACGUGGUGGUGCACUUCAAAAGCACAGUCUGAUAAUAUUAUCCCAUUGUUUCAAAUCCACGUACCGCUGGUCCCUUAAUUCACAAGGAGAACUAAAAAUUAAAAAGAAACUUUGUUUGGAUGUGUCUAUGUUUGUCAAAACUGGCAAACAGGCAAGAAUAAUGAAAUGUCAUCAAGAUCUUUCUGGUCAAGAAUGGAAUUAUCUACAUGGUAGUUUAUAUAAUCCAUCCACUGGAAUGUGUCUGUCUGCGACACUAGGUGGAUCCAUAGAAUUGAGCAUUUGUAGUAAAAAUGAUGAGCAAAUAUGGAAAUUUUUAUCGGACAGAUAGUGCGUGAAAGAUGUUUUAUAGUGGCUUUAUAGUGGCUUACUACUCUAUCAGUUCGAGUGCGAUGUACAUAGUGUUCCCUUUUUUUAAGGUUUUUUUAUUGAAAAAGUUAUUUUUGUUUUUAUUUUAAAAUGUAUAUUUAUAGAGAUAUAAUAUUUGCAAGAAUCGAACACUUAACGCUAUUUUAUAAACUUGGUUGUAUUUCUUAUUCAAAGAAAUCUGCUGCAACUUUAAUAAUGGCGCACAGCUACUGUGU